GAAAAUUAUGUGGAGCUGAUCUCGACCAGAAGUGAAGAACCAGAGCAAGAAAGCGGUUGUAAUUCCUGAGCCAGGGAGUUGGCAGCAUCUGGGCUUCCGAGGAGCCAACGCCUCCGAGUUGUCUUGACGUGAGGCUCUGCUGUACUACUGUUCCUCUGGCUGCAGGACCUGAGCACUGUGACCACUAAUUUGCCACAUUUAUUUCUGGAGUAGUUGUGGGAGAGAGAUGAGCUCCAAAGAGAAGAGGACUCGCUGUGGUUCAGUUGAACCAAGACUCUGAGGCUGAUAUGCAAUGUCACUUACAACAUUAAUCAGAUACUGCAUUUAAGUGCUGGUAUCAGUGGUUUGAUUUUCAGCAAAUGUGACAGUGGCCUUUGCAGUGGUCAGCUCCGAGCUUUGAACUCUCAGAGGAGGAAUGGGAACAAAUUCAAUACACCACCUCCUUGGCUGCAGCCUCAGAGAAACCUUGGAUGAGAAACUUCUUUUUUCAAUCCUGUUUUCCUGUUGAUAAAUUCAGUUCUCGUGAUCACAGUACAUUCAAGCUGCGUAUGAUUUUUGUGUGUGUGUGACAAUUGCAUCUAAAACUUGUGAGCAAGAAGACGGAGAAAUCAGUUGGUCUCCAUCGCUUUACAUAAAAAUGGCUGAGUGUCUUGUCAUGCUAGCCCUGCAUUAAGUGAUACACACAGAUCUUGAUGUGGAGGAGAUGGAGGACAAAGAACCAAGGAUUUCCAAGUGAUUUCUUCUAAAGCACAGAAAACUAACUCUGUUAAGGCUGGUCUGUUCUAACUGAGAUGACAGUCAUGUCCCUUUCCAGGGACCUCAAGGACGACUUUCACAGUGACACAGUGCUCUCCAUCUUAAAUGAGCAGCGUAUUCGGGGCAUUUUAUGUGAUGUCACUAUCAUUGUGGAAGACACCAAAUUUAAAGCCCAUAGCAAUGUCCUGGCUGCUUCAAGCCUGUAUUUCAAGAAUAUCUUUUGGAGCCAUACAAUCUGUAUCUCCAGCCAUGUCCUGGAGCUGGAUGAUCUCAAAGCUGAAGUGUUUACAGAAAUACUUAAUUAUAUCUACAGCUCCACAGUUGUUGUCAAAAGACAGGAAACAGUCACUGAUCUUGCAGCUGCAGGAAAAAAGCUGGGAAUAUCAUUCUUGGAAGAUCUUACUGAUCGCAAUUUCUCAAAUUCCCCAGGUCCCUAUGUAUUUUGCAUUACUGAGAAGGGGGUGGUUAAAGAAGAAAAAAAUGAAAAAAGGCAUGAAGAACCAGCCAUCAAUAAUGGGCCAAGGAUCACAAAUGCAUUUUCCAUCAUUGAAACUGAAAAUAGUAAUAACAUGUUUUCUCCACUGGACUUGAGAGCAAGUUUCAAAAAGGUCUCUGACUCCAUGAGAACAGCUAGCCUUUGCCUAGACAGGACUGACGUCUGCCACGAGGCAGAGCCUGUGCGCACACUUGCAGAGCACUCAUAUGCUGUUUCUUCCAUAACCGAGGCAUACAGAAGUCAGCCUGCACACGAACACGAUAACAGUUCACCUGCUAAAACAGGUAAAGAAAAUUGUGAAACUCUUGCGAAACCGAAAACAUGCCGAAAGCCAAAGACAUUCUCUAUACCCCAGGAUUCUGAUUCAACUACAGAAAAUAUACCGCCCCCUCCAGUAACCGACUUAGAGGUUAAUCAAGAAAGAAGUCCACAGCCAGCUGCAAUUCUUUCUCAUUCAGAAUCUCCCAGCAAUGAAGGAGAUGUCCAUUUUUCCAGGGAAGAUGAAAACCAACCUUCUGAUGUUUCUGGGCCGCCAGCAGCAGAGAUUCCACCUCUUGUGUACAAUUGUAGCUGUUGUUCCAAAUCCUUUGACAGCAGCACUCUGCUCAGUGCCCACAUGCAGCUUCACAAGCCAACCCAGGAGCCUUUAGUGUGCAAGUAUUGCAACAAACAGUUCACCACCCUGAACAGAUUGGAUAGGCAUGAGCAGAUCUGUAUGAGGUCAAGCCACAUGCCCAUUCCUGGAGGAAACCAAUGCUUUUUAGAAAACUAUCCUACCAUUGGACAAAAUGGAGGUUCAUUCACAAGUCCAGAACCUUUAUUAUCUGAAAAUAAGGUUGGUGAAUUUUCCAGUACUGGAAGUACCUUGCCAGAUACAGAUCACAUGGUUAAAUUUGUUAAUGGGCAAAUGCUCUAUGGUUGCGUUGUGUGCAAACGUAGUUAUGUGACUUUAUCCAGCCUCCGAAGACAUGCAAAUGUACACUCAUGGAGAAGAACAUAUCCUUGUCAUUACUGCAAUAAAGUAUUUGCAUUGGCUGAGUACAGGACAAGACAUGAAAUUUGGCAUACGGGAGAAAGGCGGUAUCAAUGCAUUUUCUGUCUUGAAACUUUCAUGACCUACUAUAUACUCAAAAAUCAUCAGAAGUCUUUCCAUGCCAUAGAUCAUAGACUUUCCAUCAGUAAAAAGACAGCAAAUGGAGGCUUGAAGCCUACUGUCUAUCCAUAUAAACUUUAUAGGCUACUGCCUAUGAAAUGCAAGAGAGCUCCUUAUAAGAGCUACCGAAAUUCUUCCUAUGAAAAUGCUCAAGAAAACAGUCAAAUGAAUGAGUCUGCAACUGGUACCUGUGUUCAGAAUCCCCACAGCUCUGAAUUACCUACACUGAAUUUCCAAGAUAGUGUAAACAACUUGACCAGCAGCCCAACCAUCCCAUUGGAAACAUCUGCAUGUCAGGACAUACCCACUUCAGCCAAUGUACAAAAUGCAGAAGGCACCAAAUGGGGAGAGGAGACAUUGAAAGUUGAUGCUGACAAUAACUUUUACUCAACUGAAGUGUCAGUUUCUUCCACUGAAAAUGCUGUUGCUUCUGACCUCCAGGCAGGGGAUGCACCUAUUUUGUCUUUGAGUAAUGGCAGCGAGAACUCAGCCUCUGUGAUCAGCUACAGCGGCUCCGUGCCCUCGGUCAUUGUGCACAGCAGCCAGUUUUCGUCAGUGAUAAUGCACAGCAAUGCUGUUGCUGCCACGACCAGCAGCAACCACAGAUCCCCCUCAGACCCAGCUGUCAGUCAGUCCCUGAAAGAUGACGGCAAACCCGAGCCAGAUAAAGUGAGUAGAUUGGUAAGCAGACCCAAAAGCAUCAAGGAGAAAAAGAAAACUAUACCGCCUAGCAAGGGAGAAAUACCGGAGGAGUCCAAAUAUGUUGCUGAUCCUGAAGGGUCAGUGAGCAAAACCACAAAUAUCGUUGAAGAAAACAGUAAAAUUGAAACCUACAUUGCAAAACCUGCUCUGCCUGGAACCUCCACAAAUAGCAAUGUGGCACCCCUUUGCCAAAUAACAGUGAAAAUUGGGAAUGAAGCCAUUGUGAAAAGGCACAUCCUAGGAUCUAAAUUGUUUUAUAAAAGAGGGAGAAGACCCAAGUUUCAAACGCAGGAGGAGACAGUGCCACCAGAAAAUGACCCAGAACCCAAGGGUGACAGUCCACUUGGGCUGUGCCAGUCCGAGUGUGUGGAGAUGAGUGAGGUAUUUGAUGACGCGAGUGACCAGGAUUCCACUGACAAGCCAUGGCGCCCUUACUACAACUACAAACCCAAAAAGAAAUCCAGACAGUUGAGAAAAAUGAGGAAAGUCAACUGGAGGAAAGAACACGGAAACAGGAGUCCAAGCAGUAAGUGUAAAUACCCAGCAGAGCUGGACUGUGCCGUGGGGAAAGCUCCUCAGGAUAAGGCCCUGGAGGAAGAAGAAAACAAGGAGAUGCCCAAGCUGCAGUGUGAGCUCUGCGAUGUGGACAAAGCUCUGGGGGCCGGGAGCCAGGGGAGGCCCCACCGGCAUGUCACUUCCAAGCCUUAUGUUUGCGAGCUGUGCGCCAAGCAGUUCCAGAGCCCUUCCACACUCAAAAUGCACAUGAGGUGUCAUACCGGAGAGAAGCCGUACCAGUGCAAGACCUGCGGACGGUGCUUUUCAGUGCAAGGAAACUUACAGAAACACGAACGCAUCCACCUGGGUGUGAAGGAGUUCAUCUGUCAGUACUGCAACAAGGCGUUCACAUUGAACGAGACCCUCAAAAUCCACGAGAGAAUCCAUACUGGCGAAAAGCGUUACCACUGUCAGUUCUGCUUUCAGAGUUUUUUGUAUCUCUCCACAAAAAGGAAUCACGAGCAGAGGCAUAUCCUGCAGCAUAACGGAAAAGGCUUUGCCUGCUUCCAGUGCCCCAAAAUUUGCAAAACAGCUGCUGCCCUUGGAAUGCACCAAAAGAAACACUUAUUCAAAAUCCCAGGUCAGCAGGAGAAGAUAGGUGGUAACAUGUGCCAUGAAAACUCAGAUUCCUUGGAGAAUCAACAUUUCGUUGAUUCGGAAGUCAAUGACCAAAAUGAUAAUGUACAUACCACUGCAGAAAAUGUCCUUUGAGUGGCAAUAGUUAGAAAAA